GGGCGGCGGGCGCGGGCUCUGCCUCCGGUGGCGGCGGCGGCGGCGGUUUUGGGAGCAGGGGACGCCGGGGUCCGCGCCCACACCCUCCCCGGACUCGCCAUGGCCGAGUACGGGACCCUUCUGCAGGAGCUGACGGAGAACAUCACCCAUGAGGAUUUGGAGCAGCUCAAGUCCGCCUGCAAGGAAGACAUCCCCAGUGGGCGGGGCGGAGAGAUCACCACCGGCAGCGCCUGGUUCAGCUUCCUCGAGAACCACAACAAGCUGGACAAGGACAACCUGUCCUACAUCGAGCACAUUUUUGAGAUCUCCCGGCGCCCGGACCUGCUGACCAUGGUGAUCGACUACAGGACCAAAGUCCUCAAGAUCUCCGAGGACGACGAGCUGGACACCAAGCUCACCCGCAUCCCCAGCGCCAAGAAGUACAGAGACAUCGUCAGACAGCCCUCGGAGGAGGAGAUCAUCAAACUGGCUCCGCCGCCCAAGAAGGCCUGAGGAGGAGGAGGAGGAGGAGGGCCAGACCUUCAACCGACCACUCACCCUCCCCCCCCCGUCCCUCCCAGCCAGAGGAAGGGGAGGGAUCGCCCUGUAGCCCCUCUCCUCUCCCCCAUCCAACUAACCUGGUCUAACCCCCCGUCCUGUGCGUGUGUGUGCGCCUUGUCCGUGUCCAUCCGCCUCACACCGACCUGGCGUGGGGCUGGGGGGGUGCAGCUUGGCUGGUGGCCCGGCGGGAGCUGUUUCUAUGCACACUCCCCGCCCCCCCCACCCCAAGCCCCUUCCCCGAGAGCAGCCCCCCUGCCCUGGAGGGAGCUGCUCAGAGACUGUUGCGCAGUGUCGUGUCCCCCCCCCUCCCCAUUUAUCCCCCUGCUGGGAACCAUGAAGAAGGGAUGACAGGAUCUCCCCCUUGCUCCUCUAAUAUUUCCCUUUGCACUGAGCCCCCCCCCCCGCCACCCGAUAUGUGAGACCUCCCCCCCGCCCAACCUCCCCUCACCAAGCCAGUGAGGGCAGGGACCAGGGCGGGGGAAGGAAUAUAGCACCCCCAGCCAGCCCCCUCCCCUGACCGUGCUAACUGUGUGUACAUAUAUAUUCUACAUAUAUGUAUAUUAAACCCCGCCGCAC